AACAACAAACCCAACAGAGUAAGCGGGGUGAGAGAGCGUCCAAAACCGCCUCUGACCGCCACUUUCAAACUCGUCUUGUUAAUCGUGUAGUAUUUCAAGCUCUUAUCACCAGCGACACACAACUACCCACAGAGGACUGUGAUUACUUGGAAAUUACAUUGACGUCGAGGUCAUAUGCGACUGAUACCUACUCCUUUGGCCUGUGCGUCUUAUGACAACUGGAAGAACUUUACACGUUGAGUUGUUACAGAAGAUGUUAAAGAAAUGAUAGCAGCACCGGAAUUGCAAACAGAGUUCCACUAUCCUCAGGACACGGAUACGCGCUUCUCCUCGGACACCGACUUCGAUGAUCCCGAUGGCAGGAUUGCGAUUCAAGGCAAAGGGAAGGCCAAGAAGGCCAAGAAGGCCCCUGGGGAGAAGGGCAAAGGCGCCUUCGGUGCCGGGGGCAAUGGAGCUCCGGGCCGCAUGAACGGCCACCACCAGGAGAACGGCAUGGAGCAGAUGAUGCUGUUCGAGGUGGUCAAGAUGGGCAAGAGCGCCAUGCAGUCUGUGGUGGAUGACUGGAUCGAGUCCUAUAAGCAUGACCGGGACAUUGCGCUCCUCGACCUGAUCAACUUUUUCAUCCAGUGCUCAGGAUGCAAAGGUGUGGUGAGCAGCGACAUGUUCCGGCACAUGCAGAACUCCGAGAUCAUCCGCAAGAUGACUGAGGAGUUCGAUGAGGACAGUGGCGACUACCCCCUCACUAUCUCGGGGCCGCAGUGGAAGAAGUUCAAGGCCAGCUUCUGUGAGUUCAUCGGGGUGCUGGUGCGACAGUGCCAGUACAGCAUCAUCUAUGACGAGUACAUGAUGGAUACGGUCAUCUCGCUCCUCACCGGCCUCUCCGACUCCCAGGUCCGAGCCUUCAGGCACACCAGCACACUCGCAGCCAUGAAGCUGAUGACGGCGCUGGUGAACGUGGCGUUGAACCUGAGCAUCAACAUGGACAACACCCAGCGGCAGUACGAGGCGGAGCGCAACAAGAUGAUCGGCAAACGCGCCAAUGAACGCCUGGAGCUGCUGCUGCAGAAGCGCAAGGAGCUUCAAGAAAACCAAGAUGAAAUUGAAAACAUGAUGAAUGCAAUCUUCAAGGGUGUCUUCAUCCACCGAUACAGAGAUGCGAUUGCUGAGAUCCGUGCCAUCUGCAUCGAGGAGAUCGGCGUGUGGAUGAAAAUGUACAGUGACGCCUUCCUCAACGACAGCUAUCUGAAGUAUGUGGGAUGGACCAUGCACGACAAGCAAGGAGAGGUGCGACUGAAGUGCCUCACCGCCCUGCAGGGCCUCUACUACAACCGAGAGCUCAACAACAAGCUGGAGCUCUUCACCAGCCGCUUCAAGGACCGGAUUGUAUCCAUGACCCUAGACAAGGAAUACGAUGUGGCCGUGCAAGCAAUAAAACUGCUCACCCUUGUCCUACACAGCAGCGAUGAGGUCCUGACCCCUGAGGACUGCGAGAGCGUCUAUCACCUGGUCUACUCGGCCCACCGGCCGGUUGCCAUAGCAGCCGGGGAAUUCCUGUACAAAAAGCUCUUCAGUCAUCGUGAUGCUGAGGAGGACAGCAUGCCCAAGAGGCGAGGUCGGGCGAGCAUCAACGCCACCCUGCUCAAGACCACCGUCUUCUUCUUCCUGGAGAGCGAGCUGCACGAGCAUGCGGCCUACCUGGUGGACAGCAUGUGGGAGUGCGCGGCCGACCUGCUGAAGGACUGGGAGUGCAUGAUCAGCCUGCUGCUGGACGAGCCACUGCCAGGGGAGGAAGCUCUGACUGAUCGUCAGGAAACGGCCCUGAUCGAGAUCCUGCUGUGCACCAUCCGGCAGGCCGCCGAGUGCCAUCCGCCUGUUGGACGCGGUUCAGGGAAGAGGGUGCUGACGGCGAAAGAGAAAAAAACCCAGCUGGACGACAAGUCGAGAAUGACCGAGCUCUUUGCUGUGGCCCUGCCCCCUCUGCUGGCCAAGUACUCCGUGGAUGCUGAGAAGGUGACCAACCUGCUGCAGUUACCGCAGUACUUUGACCUGGAGAUCUACACCACGGGGAGACUCGAGAAGCACCUGGAGGCUUUGCUGCGGCAAAUCAGGGAUAUUGUGGAGAAGCACACGGACACGGACGUGCUGGAGGCCUGCUCCAAGACGUACCACUCGCUCUGCAAUGAGGAGUACACCAUCUUCAACCGCGUGGACAUUGCACGCAGCCAGCUCCUGGACGAGCAGGUGGACAAGUUCGCACGGCUGCUCGACGACUUCCUGCAAGAGGGAGAAGAGCUAGAUGAGGAUGACGCUUAUCAGGUGCUCUCCACACUCAAGAGGAUCACUGCUUUCCACAAUGCUCACGACCUCUCGAAAUGGGACCUGUUCACCAGCAAUUACAAGUUACUGAAGUCAGGCAUAGAGAACGGGGAUAUGCCCGAACAGAUUGUGACCCACGCACUCCAGUGCACCCACUAUGUCAUCCUGUGGCACCUGGCCAAGGUCUCGGACGGCACUUCCACAAAGGAGGACAUGGUGACCCUGAGGAAGCAGAUGAGAGCCUUCAGCCUGAUGUGCCAACGCUACCUGACCAACGUCAACACGGCUGUCAAGGAACAGGCGUUCACCAUCCUGUGCGACAUGAUGAUGAUCUUCAGCCACCAGAUCAUGUCCGGUGGUCGCGAGGCGCUGGAGCCGCUGGUCUACAGCCCUGACUCCUCGCUGCAGGCCGAGCUGCUCAGCUUCAUCCUCGACCACGUCUUCAUAGACCAGGACGACGACGGCAGCACCGAUGGACAACAAGAUGACGAAGCGGGCAAGAUCGAGGCCCUCCACAAGAGGAGGAACCUGCUGGCCGCCUACUGCAAGCUCAUCAUCUACAACGUGGUGGAGAUGAACACCGGGGCGGACAUCUUCAAGCAGUACAUGAGGUAUUACAACGACUACGGGGACAUCAUCAAGGAGACGAUGAGCAAGACGAGACAGAUCGACAAGAUCCAGUGCGCCAAAACGCUUAUCCUGAGUUUGCAACAGCUGUUUAAUGAGAUGGUAUCGGAGCUGGGCCACAAUUUCGACCGGUCGUCGUCUGCGUUCUGCGGCAUCAAGGAGUUGGCUCGCCGCUUCUCACUCACCUUUGGCCUGGACCAGGUCAAGACCCGAGAUGCCAUCGCCAUGCUACACAAGGACGGUAUAGAGUUUGCGUUUAAGGAGCCGAGCCCCCAGGGGGAGGGCAACCCCCCGGCUCACCUGGCCUUCCUCGACAUCCUCAGCGAGUUCUCCUCCAAGCUCAUGAGGCAGGACAAGAGGACUGUGCACAUGUAUCUGGAGCGUUUCAUGACGGUCCAGAUGACGCUACAGCGCGAGGACUGCUGGCUGCCGCUCAUCUCCUACCGCAACUCCCUGCAGGCGGGCGCCGACGACGACACCAUGUCUGUCAUCAGCGGCAUCAGCAGCCGCGGCUCCUCCGUACGCAGCAAGAAGGCCAAGCCCGCCACGGGGAAGAGGAAACUGGUCGAGGUCGAGGAAAGCAGCAGCAGCAGCACGGACAUGUGGCUGACCCGCGAGCAGCAGCAGCAGCAGCAGCAGCAAGUGAGCGGCAUGCAGGGGGCGCAACAGACGCCGCUCAUGAUGCCCUCGCCGCACCUCACCUCCACCGCCAUCCGCCCGGACCCCACCGCCAAGCGCAUGCGGCCCGAGGACAGCUACCUGGGCGUGUACGGCAUGGGCACCCCGGGUGACCAGUCGCAUCAGCAGCCGCCCACGCCGCAGGCAGCACAGUCCCAGCAGCAGCAGCAGCAAGCGCAGCAGCAGCAGCACCCGCCGCAGUCCCAAACGCCACAGCCACAACAGCACCCACAACACCCGCAGACGCCGCAGCCCCAGCACCACCACCAGCCACAGAUGGACUACAACACUCAGGUGUCCUGGAUGUUGGCCCAGAGGCAGCAGGAGGAGGUACGGCAGCAGCAGGAACGCGCCAUGAAUUACGCCAAGCUGAGAAGCAACCUGCAGCACGCCAUUCGUCGAAACACAGGCCUGAUGGAGGAUGACGAGGAGCCAAUCGUAGAAGACGUGAUGAUGUCGUCGGAAGGUCGCAUCGAGGACCUUAACGAGGGCAUGGACUUCGACACCAUGGAUAUCGAUCUGCCACCUUCGAAAAACCGCCGUGAGAGGUCGGAGUUGAAGCCGGACUUUUUCGACCCGGCGUCGAUCAUGGACGAGUCUGUCCUUGGAGUUUCCAUGUUUUAAAGAUAAUAUUUGGAGGAUGAAGAGACAUUUUGAGAGCUUGUAGAUGCAGUACAGAUCUAUUUUCUUAAAGAGAAUAUUUCUGAUCUGGGCUCCAUGGACAUCAGGGCAUCCCAAGACAGCGUUGCUCAAUGGGGACUCACUCGCUAAAAACACAAAUCAGUCAAACAGACAAACAAAAACGAAAACGUUUGCAGCCAUUGGGUAAGCUUUCCCUGCAAGGUAAAAGAAAAAUAUGGUGGCAACGAGAUCAUGGAAGCUAUGAAAAAUUGUAUUUGUCUGCCACAUUUGAACAUAAUAAAUAUAUUUCAAAACGGAGCAAAUGCCAUCUUUGUUUUAAGAAAUAAUUCAUGAGGGUUGCUCAGACUUGUGGUAUUUCUUUAACUAAAAGAGGAAAAAAAUUGAAUGCGUCUUUUGUAACUUAAAGAAUUUGUUUAAUGUAUAGCCCUUUUGUAAUAGUAAGUAAUCAGGUGUAAAGUAGUAAUUUAUAAACUGGUUAUUCAUCAUAGUAUGUAUUGAGAUUUUAACGGAGCUUUUCCUUUAUGUAAAAAACCUAGAGGGUGUCCUCUAGAUAUAUUUUGUGUUUUUCUUCUUUUUUGUUUCAUUCUUGAUCAUUUUGUUUCUUUCUUUCACUCUAUCCUACCCUACUAAUGCAGGGGGCAUAGGUAAGGCGUGGUAAACACUGAAAUUACGGUGCAGUUAACUGUUACCCAUUUAGCCUAAUGAUCGAUUUCAGGACAAAUUACAAAACUGAGAAACGGAAGAAGAUGAGAAAAAAACAAAAAACAUUAAAGAGUUCUAACAACAAAUUGCCCCGAAAGACUUCAUCAGUUUGCUCGUGCUUUUCUGGAAAGAGAAAUGGUUACAUUUUUUUCAGUGAAGAGUUUCCAGUUUGUGCCAUUGUGUUGAUUUCUGUUAGAGCAAACCUGAGUUAUCUAUUGGCUGAGAAGGACACAUCCUCAUAUUCAGCUUAUUAGAGUGUUUAAGGUUUAGGUAUCACAUUUUAAAUAAAGAAAUAUAAAGAAAUAUAAAUUUGGUGCUGAUUUUAUAAUUGUGUGUUUUUUGUUUUCUUGUCUUGAUUUUGAACACCAACUUAGAGGUCUUUUGAAAUGUAUAAGAAGCUGUUUCAAGAUGAUAGCAUGUGCAGUCAUGCAUUAAGGAAGAUUUUUAAAGUUUGUAUUUUAUAUUGUUUUGUCUUUUCUCUGUUUUUUUGUCUUUUAAGAAGUCUGGGUUUAUACUUUCUUUCCUAAAUGUAAACACAACAUUCAGCUUUAAGUUUUCCAAGAUACAAAACAACUCCUAAAAUAUUUAAUCAAAAGAAAUGAUCAUGUCAAUUAACCUCUUAUUUUAAUGUACACUUUGAAUUGCUUUGGCAGCUAAACAAAGCUAAACUAUGACAUUAACUUAUAGUACAUACUUGUACAUUCUAUGAAGUGUUUGUCAAAGGUAUAUACUUUUUAAUCAUUCCAUGCCUUGGCCUUAAACUACGCUUGUAAAAAUGUCCUCGAAAACUGAGAUCUUCCAAUGUACGUAACUAAUGUUCACUGUUUGGCAUAUUUAAUCCCUGCAAAAUACCCCCCAAAUUCAUUUAAAACUCAAGUGUAUGGCUACCGAAAGUAAGACAUUUGUGUUAUUUACUUAAAUGAAUAUUUUGGUAAGAGAGAGUGAUACUGUUUUUGUGUUUUGUCACACCACUACAUUGGCAGAACUGCUGAUUGGAUUAUGUAAAUAUACGUGCAGAAAUAUACAUGCAUUUUCUUGUAAAGCUUUAUUUUCAGAUGUCUUGUUUCUUUUUGUUAACAUUUCUAAGUAUGCCAUUUACCCUCAUUACCGAUGUACCCUCACAAUUUACCCAUUGUUUCAUCCUCCUGUCAUUCACUGUACUGUUUUUGAUUUGUAUCUGUCUGGAGACAGUAACUUUUUAAAAUAAAAACAAACUUCCUUUGUGUGACUAAUUA